CUUGCGACCCUACGAGGCGCACAAGUGGUCGGCUGGUUCAUCUGGAGGAAUUUAUAUUUAGUCUUCACUGUGGGACUGGCUGCGCGUCUUGGAAGUUUACGAUAACUAAAAAUAAAAAAAAACCGUUAUUUCUGCACAUGAGCGGACCCACUUCCUGAGCUCAGCCUUGUCGAGUCGGUAGGGACGGUAUGGCUGUGCGGUCCAGGACGGGAUUCUACCGGCAGGAGGUAAACAGAACUGUGUGGGAGGUUCCGGAGAGGUACCGGGACUUGAAGCAGGUCGGGACAGGAGCGUAUGGAACAGUGUGUUCAGCAUGGGACCGCCGGACAGGGACGCAGGUGGCCAUCAAGAAACUCCACCGGCCCUUCCAGUCCAAACUUUUUGCCAAAAGGGCAUACAGAGAGCUGCGACUCCUCAAACACAUGAAGCAUGAAAAUGUGAUUGGUCUGCUGGAUGUUUUCACUGCUGAAAUCUCAUUGGACCGUUUACGUGACUUUUACCUGGUGAUGCCGUUCAUGGGCACUGACCUGGGGAAGCUGAUGAAGCUGGAGAGGUUAUCGGAGGACAGAGUGCAGUUCCUCGUCUAUCAGAUGCUGAAAGGACUCAAGUAUAUCCAUUCCGCAGGGAUCAUCCACAGGGACCUUAAACCUGGAAAUUUGGCCAUUAACCCAGACUGCGAGUUAAAGAUUCUUGACUUUGGCCUGGCGAGGCAGGCGGACACAGAAAUGACCGGCUACGUUGUGACACGCUGGUACCGAGCACCUGAGGUCAUCCUCAACUGGAUGCACUACACACAAACUGUGGAUAUCUGGUCUGCAGGUUGCAUCAUGGCAGAGAUGCUGCUGGGAAAGCCGCUGUUCAAGGGAAGCGAUCACCUGGACCAACUCAGAGAAAUCAUGAAGAUGACAGGAACUCCAACUGCUGACUUUGUUGUGAAGCUACAGAGCCAAGAUGCCAAAAACUACAUCAGAAAUCUACCAAAAGUGCCAAAAAAAGAUUUGCACUCUGUUUUCUCCAAAGCUAGCCCAAAUGCCGUGUGUGUCUUGGAAAAGAUGCUGCUCCUGGACCCUGAGAGGAGGGUGAGCGCCGCGGAGGCGCUGGACCUGCCUUUCUUUAGCGAUUUCAGAGACACAGAGGAGGAGACUGAGGCGCUGCCCUACGAUCAGACCAUGGACAACACAGACCUGCCGCUGGACCAGUGGAAACGUCACACUUUCACAGAGAUACUGACCUUCAGGCUGCCCCGGGACUCAAAGGAGACGUCACUUUAAGACCAAACAGACACACACAUUGUGCACACAUACCUCUGCACACACAUUUUUACAUUUCUUUGUAUUUGUAUAGGAGUGAGGGAUUUGUUGUUAGUUUGUUUUUUUAAGUUUUUGCUUUUAAUAAAUGUGAUUUGCUCAAUUGUUAAGAAGCUCAGUUGUCAUUUUAGUGUUUGUGUGCCAGAUUAUUUUGUCCAUCAAUGUGUAGCCCUCAUGUUUAAAUCCAAGCUAACUGCGUCUGUGUCCUUAAACUCAGUGUGUCCAUUGUGCAACUGUUUUUUCAUCUGUUUGCAUUUUGAUCAUUUACUCUGAUAAUGGACAUUAAUUCUGGUACUACGGGGCGAGGUCACCAGUCGUACAGUACCAAGCUGAAUGCUGGAAGGGCAGAAGUGAAUAAUAUGCUUACACACAAAUCAUAUCAGCUUCUACAGCUGGACUGCACGACUACUUCUCUAAUCUUAUUUUAGGUGUUUACUCUGUAGCUUAUUCUAUUAAAUUUUGUUUGUAAUAAUAUGUCUGUUUUGCAUUAUAAAUCAUAACUUGAAUGCAACAUAUUCCCUUUAGAGUGAUCAGAACUGUGACAUUUCCUUUUGGGGCUCACUCUCCGAACCAUUAAACUAUCCAAAGCAUUCUCUCAAGCCGACUCUGAGCCAGAAACUCAAAGGCAGGAGCACUGCUGCUAUAUGUUCCUUAACUCUUCCAUGGACUCCCCUCUCAUCUGGACAACUGAGGAACAAUUUGCUAGUAAAUAUUUGUAGCUGAAGAAAAUCCGGAAAAAUAGCCAAACGUUUACACUCUGGGUCACAAUCUAAGCAAUGGAUUUCUCAUUAGAGUGACUAAGAGGGCAGAUGUGUUUCCUCUCGGCUCUCUCCGAUAAGAGCUGUUUGCCUGCUGAUGUUGACUGGCUGUGCAGCGCCAGUUGUCUAUUUCCUGGUGGCCUUACACUACACGUUCUUACAGGACAAUGGAAAAUAACUACACAUCUAAACAAAACGGAGGACAUUCAAAUCUCAGCAGACUUUUGUUGCUGCUGUUUCUGGCAGGCCUUCAGCCAGCACUGUCUUCAGAUGGAGAGCAGCCUGAACUAGAUGACGAUGACGAUGACAAAGGAGUGAAAGUAUCGAUUGUGGGUCCGGACUAUGUAACUGUGGGCGUGCCAAGCAGCAUUGAGUGCGACGCCAAAUGUCCUGCAUGUACCUACUCUAUGUCUUUGGAUGGCCAGAGUGCCCAGGGUCAGGGCAAUGUACUAGCCUUCACUGUAAGCAGUUGGGUGGAGGCUUUAACAGUGACAUGUACAGCCACAAAUGAACACACAGAGUUGACUGCCACCGCAACAAAGCAGCUGCAGGUGUUAGCUGGGCCUGCCAACAUUUCCAUCUCAGGCCCUGAUUUGAUGAAUCCAUCAGUGAGCCACACCUACAGCUGCCACGCCUACUGUCAGCCAUCUUGUGCCUACACCUGGAAGGCAGACAAUGGUCCAUGGAUUAGUGGUCAGGGGAAUGUGAUUUCUGUCACUCCUCAGGAGAUGGACAGCUACAAAUUUCUGAUCUGUAAAGCCACCAAUAGUGUGUCGGGGCUGUUCGUCACUGCAACUCGAAACAUAACUGUAACAACGGGUCCAUCACACGUCCAGAUCAAAGGCUCCAACAUGAUCAAAAUCGGAGAAAAGUAUAAGUUCGUGUGUACAGCUGAAUGUCAGCCAUCUUGUCGCUACGUAUCGUAUGUGGACACUCUGACCCUGAGGGGCAAUGUGAUUGAGAUGACAGUGGAUCAUCCUCUCAAAUCUGUCACUCUCAAGUGUGAAGCACAAAACACUGCUUCGAGGAAGACAGCCACAGUUUUAAAAACUGUACAAAUACAAGGUACAGGGUCAGAUCGCAACCUGUCCGCUCGUCCUGAAGUGACUUCAGCAGUGCUGCUGCUGGCCUUCAUCAUUUCUGCUGCCUCUUUACUGUGAUCCAAUGCAGACAGGUUCUGUGAAUGAUUUUGUGACAAAGAAAGGUGACUGAAUUGUGGCGUAGUAAUGACUCAUACACCAGCAUCUCACUCUGCAUGCAGUUCUUUUACAUUUGUCUCACAUGUUGACAGUGGGCUGAACCCUGUUUGCACUUUGUAGUAAGUUACGUGGAACGGUACUUCAAUAUCAAAGCGUGGAGAAGGAAGUGAGCACAUUUACUGCCAGGAUUUGUUGAUCUGUGAAGAUAUUUGUAAGAGUCUUCUACACUAAUACAGUUGAAAUGUUGACACAUACGUUUCUGUCUAUACAUAAUUAAAAUGCACUUUUAUAACAAGACUCAGACACCUAUGGGACAAAACAAUAAAAAUGUUAAAUAAA